UUUUCCUUCCAAAGGUAGUGUUUUUGAAUGUUUUUUAGUAGAUAGUAGUAGAGCUGCACAGAUUGUCUUACUUUACUUUGACAACAUAGAAGUCUUUACAUCAGAACACCCUUGCUGAGGUUUUUUUUGGCCUCUUGGACAUGAAGGCAUUCAAGGUCCUGUUUGUCCUCCUGACUACUGCAGCAGCAGCUGACGGUCAGUCUUUCCACCGUGGCAGUUGCCCCCAGCCAUCUGUUCAAGAUAACUUCAAUGUUACAAAGUAUAUGGGCACCUGGUAUGAAAUAGAGAAGCUCCCAGCUAUGUUUGAGAGAGGAAAAUGUAACCAAGCCACAUACAGUCCUCUCGUCGAUGGGACUGUCAAUGUUCGCAAUGCAGAGCUGUUGUCUAAUGGGAAGAUUAAUUCAAUUGAGGGUGUUGCCAAAGUUAAAAACUCAUCUCAACCUGCUAUUCUGGAUGUCGGCUUCUUUAAAGGUGUUCCAGAUUCUCCCUACUGGGUGCUCUCCACAGACUACCAGUCAUAUGCUCUGGUGUACUCCUGUUUUGACUACUUUGGCCUUUUCCACAUCGACUUCGCCUGGAUCCUGGCUCGCACUCGGGUGUUGACUCAGGACGUCAUCAGCCAGUUACGUGACACGCUGGCUGCUGCUGGUGUGAACAUAAACCGCCUCACUGUCAGCAAUCAGACCGGGUGUGAUGUGAUGACCUGAGGCGUGAUCAGCACAAUGAACUGAAGUGGAAGAAAGUGCUGAAUUGGCUGUUUUGAACUGUAGCGCAAACUUCAAGCACAGUACUUUGUUUAUAUCGUACGUUAGGCUGAGUCAAUGCAAUCAAUAGAAAUACACAAGACUGCAUUAUGUUAUUGAUUGAAUGUUGAAUCUACAUCUUUCUGUUUUUAAGGUUAAACAUUAAAAUUAAAGUAAAUCAGUGUGGCCAUAAAACAGCUCUAUCAUCAGUUCAUGAUGUUCUAAUAAUCAGAGGCAUUUUGUGCCUUAAAAUCUUACUGCUGUUUACACUCAUGCACACAACAAGAAACUGUGAUAUUCUUUGAUAGAUUCAAUGACACAUGGAGUUGUAUAGCUCAGUGAAAUAACCAUGUUCUUAUAGUGUAUUUAUUAUGCUGUGGGUCAUGUCAAAUUUGGUUAUGAAUCAUUAGCGUAUAAUCCCCCGAGGUUAGCUGAAUUAAUUUUUUUGUAAAAAGGAGAGAGAAAAGACAUAUUUGCGUCUCAGUUUGAAUUGUAAUCUAUCCUAUUAAUUAUUAUUAUCAUUUUUUUUUAUUUAGUUACACCUUUAGUGCAUAUUUAUUACACAAAUAUUUUAGGUCAUCCUCCUAGAAAAUACUUUAAUGUGUUUGUGUCCUUAAAAUACAGCUUUUUGGAAAUAUGUUUGACAUGUUUGACAUAAUCUGGAGCAAUAAAGUAAAAAGUCAAUUAA